ACUGUUUGAGAAAACUCAAAUGGAAACAAAACUUGCCACGACAUCUACAGACCUGCCCGGUCUACAAAUCACUUUCAACCACCUCAGCCAAAGCAGACGGCAGUAGCGGGGAUGGUCGGACGACUUCCAUGAUUGAUUCAAUGCACUUCAGCCCAUCUGUAGGUCAGACAAUGACUCCUGGAGAUGAAUUGCGAACAAUCCCGCACGAAUCCACUCCCUGUCAUAAUGAGUCUUUACUUCAUGUCCUGAAUCAACGGGACAUGGACAAGGUAGAAGUCCGGCAGUCCCUACUGCUACCGUCAGCCAAAAACACCAAGGCAUGGCACACAAUAAACGCUCAGUUGAAGAUCCAUCUCACUCAACAUUUCCCAACCUCAUACCUCAAAAACACUAACAUCGAAGAGACUCUGGACAAACUAGAGAACUUCAUUCACUGGUUUUUCGACCAGAAACCACCACCACCUCCACCAAAACACAAGAAUGCAAAUAAAAACCGUGCAGUGGAAAAACUCCGGGCUCACAGGCGUGAUUUAAAGCGCCAAUUUCGUAAGAUCAAAAACCCGGACGAAGUACCUGCAGCGCUCAGAAAUGAGUAUUUUUCAAUUGGAAAACAAAUCAAGCGUCUUUUGAAACAACAAAAGAUGUACGACGAUCGAUCCCGGAACAAGAGGGACCAGGAUGCCUUUCUCAAGGACCCAUAUGCCUUCGGAAAGAAAUUGUUUCAACCAACCAACCAUGUCAAACCCACUUUCUCUGACACUACCUGCUUUGAGUACUUCCAACACACAUAUGCAGACCAGGAUCGUGCCACUUCGUACGAAUCCUGCCCCAGUGCAGGGAAGCCCCGGGAUUGCACCCACCCAGUCGAUGAGGGGACCCCUACAUGGACUGAAUUUCAGAAUGUUUUGAAGAAGUGUCGCAACACCUCUGCACCGGGUCCUGACAAGAUACCUUACAUAGUUUGGAAGCUUUGUCCCUCCCUUCAAUCCAUUCUUUUCACCAUCUUUGGGCGGGUUUGGGAGAGCAAGAUCAUUCCAAGGCAGUGGCAGGUAGCGUGUAUCACACUCCUGGCCAAGGGGGAGGUGUCUGAUGAUCCUUCGAAAUUCCGACCGAUUGCUCUAGCGAACACGUCCGGGAAGAUCUUUUUCACCUUAGUUGCAAAGCGCCUCUUGAAACAUAUGCUAGGCAAUAAGUUCUUCGAUGGUGACAACCAGAAAGGAUUUAUGCCUGCAAAGGCUGGGUGCUUAGAGCAUACAUCACUUUGUUAUGAGGCGAUGCGUGAUGCAAAGACGGCAAAACGCCAAAUUUGCAUUGCGUGGAUAGAUUUGAAGAAUGCAUUUGGUUCAGUGCGCCACAAUCUGAUACAGUAUGCUCUAACCCACUACAGCCUUCCUUUGCAAUUCAGGAAAUUAAUUUUUUCCUACUACGACAGUCUUUGCGCUUUCGUCGUACAACCACACACACCCACCUUUAAUUACAACAUUGGUGUUUUCCAGGGGUGCCCCUUGUCCCCGGUCCUUUUCAAUAUUUGUUUCCAGCUUCUGCUGGACUCACUUGCAGCCCCUGAAUUAAGUUGCCUCUCCUAUGAUUUUAAAUCUGCCCCUUUGCAAGUGUCCCAAACAGCUUUUGCUGAUGACUUAGGCCUCUAUAGCAAAUCUAGUGCAGGUUGUCAAAAACUCAUUGCGGUCACGGAGGACUUUCUCUCGUGGACCCAAUGUAUGCAGGCGGCGCCGCACAAAUGCAAAAGCAGUGCAGCAAAGCUUGUAGAUGGCCGGUACAAACCUUACGAUCCCUGCCUGACAAUGUCAGGGAGGAAGAUCGCUUUCAUUGACAUCACACAAGGUUUUGUACGUGAACUGCACUUUAUGUGUUUACCAUUUCUGAAGAAAUGGUCAGGCCUACCUCGAUGCGCAAACUCUGCCAUUCUUUUUAUUGGCAGUCGCAAACGCUUUGGCUUACGCCUCCACUACCUUCCUACGGUGUGGAAAAAGUGCCAGUCCAUCAAAUGGCACAUUCUUCGAUCGAGUGGGGACGCGCGCAUGAGGGCGCUGUACACUCUGCGUCGGAGUAAGGAUGCGAAGCUGACAAAGCGAUAUGCGGCGACAAUAGAGCUGGAGUGUGCAGAGGCAUCAGUAGGUUCAGGGACUCUCCGUCCACCGUCAUCUUCAAGUCAUCGUGCAGGGUUGGGUGCUCGUGCUCCGAAGCAGCAUUCCAAACCCCCGAGGAAGGAUCUCCUUCAAACAUUUGAGGAGAUCAACGCGCAGGAGCAGAUUUUGAGGCUGAAGACUCUUCAGGUGCAAGGCAAGUGGUUGGAGUGGACAUCGGUGAUGUGGCAGGACCUCUCGUGGAAAUCCCUUUUGUACGGUGGUACUGGUAAGGAUUUGAAAUUUCUUCUCGCAUCAACCCUCGACGUGCUACCUUCUCCGACGAACCUACGCCGUUGGGGAAACACCGUAGUGGAUCCGUACUGUAGUUUGUGCCGUACCUGGGCCUGUACUACGCGCCACGUGCUUGGCGCUUGUCGCGUAGCGCUGGACCAGGGACGUUACACCUGGAGGCACGACAACGUACUCGGGGUCAUCGUCAGGAACAUGCGUGAGGAGAUUCGAAUCCGCACUGCUGCAAACACCGUACAAACCGAAAAUUCAAAUGAGCUUGACUUCAUCUCGUUUUGCAAGGCGGGAGAGAAGCCAGUUCGCGUUCAGCCCAGACGAAAGUUGGUUACGACUGAUCUCCUGUCAGCGGCCUCAGACUGGAAACUUCUUGUCGACUCAGUUAGUGCAAAGAUUUCUUUCCCUAGCUGUGUUGCACUUACCACCCUAAGACCAGAUAUAGUUCUGUACUCUACGAGUCGUAGGAUUGUAUUCUGGAUGGAGUUGACAGUUUGUGCUGAGGACAGAUUCAGUGUCAGUAACUCGCGGAAGGACAGGCGGUAUGCGGAUCUGGCCGAUCAAUGCCGAGCAAACGGGUGGCAGGUCGUUUCUUUUUCGGUUGAGGUAGGUGUGCGUGGUUUCAUCCCGGACUCUCUUCGGAGGGCUCUGAAAGCGCUUGGAUUUUCUAAUCGAAGAAUAAAAUUUAUUUGUAAUUUGUGCAGUAAGACGUCUCUGCGAAGCAGCUACAUCAUCUGGUUGCGGCGUCAACAAAAACACUGGUCGGAAGAUCCACUUUUCUGAGGUACUGUAUGUGGGGCUCCGUUUAUUGAGGUGCGUUGAAAUUUAUUCUCUUUAUCUUAUUAUUUCUUUUCUAUAAUUUCCCCAUAUGAGUUCCUAUCAGUUGCUGUGAACACCUUGAGUGGAGAGCGCUUGCUCGAGCGUUGAACCGGGUUCUUAAUCCACCAUACCCAGUUCGCAAGGCUGGGCGGGGUUGUGAGCAGGCUUUCAUUUCAUCUUUUCUUAUUAUUUCUUAUUAUUUCUGCUUUUCAUCUCAUUACAAAAAUUCUGCGCUUUUUCUCCAUCUGCGCAUAAAAUCUAGACUGACAACCUGCUUGUUAAAUCAUGCACCUGCUUUCAGGCGUAAAAACCCUGUUGUAGAGGUCUCAGUCCUCAUUUGUUAGACUUACCUGUCUUUAUAAAUGUAACUUAC